UGUCAACAUCGUAGUGAUAGCUCCGAGUGAAAUUAAGUGAAAUAAAAUAGUAAACGUAAUUUCUAGCUGCUAGUUUUCGUCGAAGUGAAGUACUGGGACUUCCUGGAAGUGAUUAGAAACAUACAGGGAAGUGCGAUUACUCCAUCGUGGAAUUACAACUACAAUAUCAACUAUUACAUUGAAGGUUAGAAAACACGAAAAUAACACCGGCGCAAGCGUCAACAAAUCUGACAUAUAAAGCAGUGUUGCCAAUCCAUAAAAACAAUUAUACCAUUUCUACCAUAUUCCACUAUUGCGUUUCGUUACACGCAGAGAAAAGAUGGAAGCUCAAUUUCAAAUGUUAUUUGAAAAAAUGAAAUUGGAAAUGCAAAGUCAAAAUGCUGAAUUGAAGGAUUCUAUAACAAAUAGUAUUAUGGAAAAGAUGGAUGAGAAACUAAUCCCUAUUAUAAAGGAAAAUAAGAAACUGAAGACUGAAGUAGAAAAACUGGAAAGAGAAAUAGAAUAUCUUAAGAGGGCAGAGAAAAACAAUAAUAUUGUAGUAUUUGGAUUAGAAGAAAACGAACAAUCCUCUAUUGAACUAAUACAAAAGCUCAAAGAAACCUUCAAUCUAGAUUUGAAUAUUAAAAUCGAAGAAUAUGAUAUCAACAAAAUUUAUCGCCUAGGUAAUAGGAAGAGUGACAGCAACAAAACGAGGCCGGUACUGUGUUCGUUUGUAAACAACUGGAAAAAGACCGAAAUUAUCAAAAAUAAAAAGAACCUAAAAAAUAUAUACAUUACGGAGGACUACUCGAAGGAUGUGUUGGGAAAAAGAAAAGAGCUACAAGCCAAGCUAAUUGAGGAGAGACAAAAGGGUAAUAUAGCAUAUCUGAAGUAUGAUAAAUUAAUUGUUAAAGAGAAUAAUCACAGCCAGGAGAAAAGGAAAAGGCAAACAUCCGCUUCACCCUCUUCGGAUAACAAUCAACCAAAAAAGCUACAAACAGUAAACACAAUGAAGACAAACAAGGCAAAUGCUUUUGAUUUAAUGCGAUAUAGAUCCAGCUCCCUUUCAAACAUACCUAAUACUAAUAAAAACCAAUAGCAACUA